GAUAGCAGUGUUCCUAGAGUUACUGUGGGGGCGUGUCGCCUUAUCAUCUUUAUGUGUGUGAAAAGAAUAGGCUAUGUUCGAUACAAUUUAUUGCAAAAGAUAAUGACAAACUCAACUGAAGAAGAGAUCAACUCCGAUUGAUUGAUGGACUGAAACCGUAUUGACCAAUGGCACCGACAGUCGACCAAACAUCGGAGUCAUGGCCGGUGGCUCACCAAACGCACUGUGGCGACAAAUGAUUUCUAAACCUGUCUGAUUAAUUUUGGACUAUCACGGUAUUUAGGUGGAGGCUACUGUCCGUGAGCGAAGUUGACAUUUCGUGAAUGAUGCCAGUUCUGUGUGGAAUCAUACUUCUGUUUUGGUUAGUGGAUGAGUGCACAGCUUCCAAGAACUACUGCUGGUAUUUUGAAGGAGGCUACCCCAUCCAUUUAAUUUCCCAGUUGUCUUGAAAGCACCAUAAAUCCAGAGAAUGCCAGACUUUGAUGACAAAGUUUGAUGACAAAAUUUGCCCACGAAGGACCGCCGCGACACCUUGCUGUUCAAGUGAGCACAGCACAACAAGAUGCCGAUCGUAUGAGGACUGUUGUGGGACACGGUGCUGUGUCCGAGCCCUCUCCAUCCAGAGACUAUGGUACUUCUGGCUGCUGCUGAUGAUGGGUGUGUUGUUCUGCUGUGGGGCGGGGUUCUUCAUCCGCAGAUGCAUGUACCCCUCCCCCCUUCCUGAAGACACCUUUAAUGUGGCAUUCGCCAGACACCCAAUGACAGCUCCAGGACUGCAGCAGGCCAGCAUGCAGAACUAUGGGGACCCAGGAGGGAUGAACCUCACCCCUACCUUCCCCUACAGCCCCCAUCCCUACCCCUCCCACUUGGCAGCACCCUACCCACACCCAACCCCAACCCCUCCUGCUUACUGCAACCUCCCUCCUCCACCCUAUGAACAGGUGCUGCAGGCCUCAGAGAAGAGGUAACCUGGAGGAAAGACAUUGGAAUUAAUGAAAUUAUUUCAAACCCUUCAGAGUUCCCAAUGCUGCCACAACUGGCAGCAGAGCGAGAGAGUUCUCUGCACAUCAAUAAGGAAGGGUCACUAUCCUACGUUUUGACUCAUGAGUAAAAAGCGAGUCUGAUAUUCUAGACUACUAGAAAUGGAAUAGCAUCUCUACAUUAAAAACAUCUCAUUAAGGGACGCUUUCCCGGACACAGAUUAACGCUGGCCCUGGACCAAAAAGCAUACAUUUAAAUAGCUUUUUAGUCCGGGACUAGGCUUAAUCUGUGUCUGAGAAACCAGCCCUGAAAGCAGCUUCAGUCUGUAUCACAAUGAAUCGGUGUCAAAGUGUUUGUUUUCACGUCACCUCUCGAAGAGACCCAACAGGAUAAAAACAGACAUGGAUUCAGAAAGAGAGGUGCUCUGUCAACAACACUGUGUCAGCUGGAAGAGCAGCAUCUAUCUGAGCACAACUCACUCAGAUCACCCACUCAGGAUACUGUAUUAUCGCCCACUGUCUGGUAUGUGUUUAAUAUCACUGCGGUUGGAGCAUUUAGUAUCUCUAGUUGAGGAACAAGUUUACUGUAGAUCAGAAGCCUGUAAUGCUGUGGACAUACUAUAGUCAUGGCAAAUCAGUUUAGCUUUGUCUCUUAAUUCAUUUUGGUGCAUGACUUUCCUCUAUAUUUUAUGCAAUUUGCUAAUGAAUUCAGGUAUAGUGUGGUCAUUGUUUAAUUUUUUAAAUUUUUAAAUUUUAUUUUUUUAAAUCACAGUAUCCUGAAUUAACAGAGGGUAAAUAUAUCACCAGCUUGCCUAAUAAAGUGAUUAGUCUGGAAAUAAAUUGUGUUCCUUCCAAAUAUUACAAGUUAAGGUCACUACAAUGCUCUUUGCCCAGAAUCCCAAUGUAAUAUGUCUUACCACAACCUUCGUGCUCCCUUUUCCCAUUCAACGGGAAUACUGAUACAUCAUGGAAGACUUUAAACCACUAGGUGUCAGUAUGAUGUUCAACAUGCAGCCAGCUGUGUUGCAGUAUGUGCUCUGGAGGCAAGCUGCUGGGCUGUACAACACAAACCAUUGAUUUUCUAUAUCACAUUAGUUCUCAUUCAUUUCCAAUGGAUUGGAUCCGUUUUGAUCUUCACCCAUUUUCUGAGUGUGCCACAUUAAAUCCUGCAAAUGGG